AGAGCGAGAGAGAGAACUCCAACAUCCUGUGUUAAGAGUGAACAUAGCGUGACCAAGAAGCUUACAGACGUGAUAGCAGAGGAGGAGUUCGAGAUUAAAGAGGAAGAACUGUGGUAUGACCACCGAGAUCUGGAGAAUGAUCUUCAUUUGGCCGCUGAGCUGGGCAAAAAUCUCCUGGAGAGGAAUCAUGAAUUGGAGGAAAGACUUCAGGAGACUACACCACCAACCAAGAGCAGCUACAGGAAAUCGAGCAUCUAUCUAAGCAGGUGGAAAUGCUGGUCAGUGAAUGAUCAGCACGCGAAAGUCUAUGAGCAACUAGAUGCGACUGCACGAGACUUGGAACAGAGCAACCGAAGACUCGCCCUGGAAAACCGCUCAGCCCAGCUUAAGAUCGAGGGGCUUACAGAGUCCAUAAACGGCUUGCAGGGUCAGGUGGAGGAGUUGCAGAGGGAGAUCAAGAAGAUGACACCAGAUCUUCUGGAGCCAGAGACGCCAGCCAUCAGCCAAUCAGACCAGUACACACCCAAUGAGCAUGCCGUAUCUGCGAACACUCCCUCUCUAGAGGAAGAUGAAUGGGAAGAGGAUGAGCGCACAGCCCUUUUGCACUCAGUGCUCACUGCAGGCCCAGCUGAAUUUAGAGCGGACCCUAAGAGAGAUGCUGAGCAGGACCGAGCUCUGGCCCGAGAGAUGAGUGAGCUGGAGCCACGUGUGACUCUGCUGGAAGGCUAUAAGGCUCGCCUGUCUGAGGUGGAGGUUGAAGUCGAGGAACUACGGCAGCUGUUGCGUUCCAAUUCGGUCUCACGCAUGCUUCCAGGCACUCUUUUCUUCCCUUCAGAGGAGGAAGUGAGUGAGAUGUGGGAGACAAGCCAAGUACUGAAGCGCUGCAACAACCACAGGCGGCUGCUUGAAGCUGGCAGCAAGGAUGAGGACCUGAGAAAUGGAGAACACCCUGAUGCCUACAGGGGGCAUUUAGUGACCGCGCAGAGCCACGGCGUGUCACUGCUAAAUGAGGUGGACGCUCAGUACAACGCUUUACAGAGGAAAUACAACGCCCUUCUGCGCCGCUGUGAAGUGGGUCGCGGUCACAGUGCGACAAAGCUGUGCAGACAGCCACAGUCAAUCAGUGCUCAGUCAAACAGACAUGUUCUCAGGACUGCUCAGCUGCCUGAAUACAAAACGCUCUUCAACGAGAUUUUCACUUAUAUACAGAAUAGCAAAAAGGACUUAGAGAUGAACAGGGCCAAGUCAAGUUAAAUGCAGUUCAAUACUGUGCACCUCCCAUGUUCAAGUUCGCAAGAUUUGUCCUCCAAAAAUCUCCCAGCAGGCAUCAGGUAUAAUAAGGCAGUGAGGGGAAUUAAGGGUCUGAAUUAACUGGAAUCGCAAAGGAAUAAGGAUAUUUAAAGCACAGCCAAGCUAGAGCUUCAGAUCUCACAUUUUAUUGCAGAGAUAGACCUAAUUGAGAAUUAUGAUCUCCCUUUAAGUCUUUAUGUGCUCUACGUGAUCUUUUUUGAAUCAUUUUUGCUCAUUAUUAUACAGUCAGGUCCAUAUGUAUUUGGACAGCGGCACAACGUUCGCAAUUUCGCCUCUGUACACCGCCACGAUGGAUCUGAAACGAUGCUUGAAGUGUAGACUUUCAGCUUUAAUUCAAGGGCUUUAACAAUAAUAUCGCAUGAACCGUUUAGGAAUUACAGUUGCUCCAUCUUCACCAGCUCAAAAGUAAUUGGACAAACGCAUAAUAAUAAAUAUUAGAAUGAUUUUUUUAUAUUUGGAUACAUAUGCUGGCACCCUGUCCAGGGUGUACCUCGCCUUGUGCGCGAUGCUCCCUGGGAUAGGCUCCAGGUUCGCCGCGACCCUGAAGAAGGAGUAAGCGGUAGAAGAUGGAUGGAUGGAUGGAUGGAUGGAUGCUGGCACCCUGUCCAGGGUGUACCCCGCCUUGUGCCCGAUGCUUCCUGGGAUAGGCUCCAGGUUUCCCCGUGACCCUGAAGAAGGAGUAAGCGGUAGAAGAUGGAUGGAUACAUAUGCUUUGCAGUCUGUGACUGCCUGAAGUCUGGAACCCAUGGACAUCACCAAAUGCUGACUGGACUGUAUGUACUGCUGAUGUUUUAGUGGUGCUGCCACAAAAAGGUUUAUAGAAAACAAUAGUUACUCUUUGAUUCAGGAUUUAAGAAAACCUUUGCCUGGCUUCUUCAAAGAGGUCACAAUAACUCUACCUGAGGCUCAGAUGUCAGUGGUGGUCAUUAUUUUGUAAAUUUAUCAGGUUUAUGGAAACACAAUAUAUUGAGCGUGUCUUGACAUCACACACACACACUCUUUUCUUCAUAGACAAUGUGAAACCCAGGACAAGUAAUUAAUAAAACUCUUUUAGGA